CCGACGCGCCACCAGCACGGCUCUCAGCUGCUGCCCCGACGCUGCCAGUGCAUCCGGCUGCAGUGCUGCGUACGAAUCGCAGCAGCGGUCGCUGCAUAACGACGCUGCCUAGGCGCCUCAGCAUGGAUCGGUCACUCGACAGCCUUCCGUUUUGGAUGUUCCUGCUUCCAAUGUUUCUUUUAACAACCACCGAGGUUAGAGCCCAGGACACGUCUGCAAUACUAUCGGGAAUACUGGGUUCCCUGACAUCCACAACCAAAGCCCGUGGGUGUCCAGGGGAAUGCGUGCACGCUAUCACGGCCCUUUUGUGCGACCAAGUGGUGGACGAAAUUCAAUGCGGCGCCAGCUACCUACGCUGCUGUGUUCCCAAGGAGUUUAGCCUGGGCGGCACGGCGGUUGAGACGUCAGCACCCUUAGCCGAAGACGAAAUGGUUUCCGCCACUUCGCCUGCUUCCACAGUUGACGAAGAUACCAACGCGACCGUCCCCACACCUCUUCCUCCGGUGACUCCAACAGUGGAAGCACCACCGCAGCAGCGCCCAUCGUCGACGCCACCUCCACCGCAGCCCACGCAGGCUUCGACGCAGCGUGACGUGUGUCCCGGUGUCUGCGUCGGCAAGGGACUGUCGCAGUAUUGCCACCGCAUUCUCAACUCGCCAUCCUGCGGUCCUGACGCCGUGUGCUGCACUUCUGCGGAUGGUCCACCUCAGGCUGAACAACCGGACGACGGCACGCUCCAGCAACAGCCUGAGCACCUUCCGUCGCGCGAUGCAGGGCAGGAAUCGAAGCUCCCGGAGUGCCCUGGAUCGUGCGUGUCUCCUCUCCUCAGCAUUCUUUGCGACCACGUGUCGACGGUUCACUCGUGCCCUACGGGCGGCUCUUGCUGCGUCAGCGCGUCGGCCACGACCACGGAGCCUCCCAUACCGGCCUGCGACGGCCGCUGCCUCCCGCCCUUCUUGAGUGGCGUUUGCCAGAAGCCCGCGCAGCUCGUCCUUCGCACCACGACGUGUCCGAGUGGAACCAUCUGCUGCUCCCAGCCAGAGCGUGACCAGAGACCCGGAGGUGGAUAUUUCGCACCGCAACAAGGGGCUCCCAUGCGUCAACAGAGGCCAGCGAUGCAGCAACAGAGGCCCUUCGGAGCCAUCAUACCGCAGGAACGUCCGUACCAGAACCACCCGCAGGCGCACGACCAGCUGAAUGCCGUGAUACCCGUCGACCAGGCAAUGAUGGAUCAGCUUGCCAUGGAGAGUGGUGGUGGGGGGCACCGACGACCACAGCACGAGCACCUCGGUCCGCCACAGCAAGGGAGGCCAGACUUUCCCCACAGGGAACCUCCUCAGAUGCCCCCGCAGGGAACACAAAAUGGAGUUCGACCGGUCAAACAGGGAAUUGGCCCGCCGAAGCGAUUGAGACCGUCACAACACCACCCUCCUGGUUCUUUACAACGCCCUGCACCCCGACCGCCUAGCCCCGGCAGCAUGGACUUUCAAGGGGGCAACCAACAGGGCCCGGUCGGCUUGGCUAACGACGAGUCGAACCAGCACAUGCUCAGGCCCUUGAGGCCUCCCAACUCCGACGAGAGACCGGGGGGCGGAGAGUCCAACGCCCUUCCAGCUGCCCCGCAGCCGCCCCAACAACAGCAUCAUCAAGGUCCGCCUCCGUGUCCGGGCAACUGCAUAUCGAGUUACCUGCGGUUCGCCUGCUUCGGCGAGAACGCCAUCCAUCCGAGGCUUCUGUGCCCGCAGGAAGGGUUCGUGUGCUGUGCCAACGUGGCCCAAGUGCAGAGGAUCGCCGAAGAAGCCGUUGCUGCGGCGGCGGCGGCCGCUACCCCAGCUCCCGACGAAGACGAGCCGAGGCCGGAGACGCCCCCUCCUCCUCCGCCGCCGUCGCAACCCCCGCCACGCGCGGCCUUGAACCCAGACCCGGGAUCUCGGCCCCCGCCACAGCCGCAGCGGCAGGUGCCGCGACCCGAGGCCCAGCAGCCUGAGCGCCAGCAGCGACCAAACCCCGCACCUCUUCCUCCACCGAGAAAGAUGCUGCAGCAGCCAAAUUUCUUGCUCCAAGACGCCGAGAUCGCGACCGCAUUGCCUUCCAGCACGACGAGGACCCCAUCCGUGGCCAAGGGCCGCCGCCCACCGCGUCCCUCGACGUGUGGCGUCAAAGGGGUCGGAUCCGGCUCUGGACCCGACCGGCGCCAUGCGGCGCGCAUUACGGGAGGGAAGGACUCGCUUCCGGGAGAGUGGUGCUGGCAAGCGGCCCUGAUAAACUCGCAAAACCAGUACCUAUGCGGAGGCGCACUGAUCGGCACACAGUGGGUUCUCACUGCAGCGCACUGCGUCACCAGCCUGGUGCGCAACGGUGAACCGGUGUUCGUGCGCGUCGGCGACCACGACCUGGGCAGCGAGCGGGCGCACCCGGGCGCACAGACGCGCCGCGUGGCCACCACCUACAUCCACCACAACCACAACGGCCAGACGCUGGACAACGACAUUGCGCUGCUGAAGCUCCAGGGCGGCGUCGAGCUCAACCCGCGCGUCUGCCUCGUCUGCCUGCCCGCUCGCGGAGCGGCGCCGACGGCUGGAGACCGGUGCACCGUCACCGGAUACGGGUACCUGGGAGAAGGCGGUCCCAUCGCGCUGCGGGUUCGUGAAGCGGUGCUGCCCAUCGUCGAGGACCGCGACUGCACGGCCAAGAUCAACGCGGUGACCGAGAAGCAGUUCCUGAUGCCGGCCAGCUCGUACUGCGCCGGAGGGGAGAAGGGCGACGACGCCUGCCAGGGCGACGGUGGCGGGCCCAUGGUGUGCCUGGUAGACGGCUUCUACGAGCUGGCCGGCCUGGUGUCCUGGGGAUUCGGCUGCGGCCGGCCCGACGUGCCGGGUGUCUACGUCAAGGUGUCAUCCUUCAUCGGCUGGGUCAACCAGAUCAUCAGCGUCAACAAUCUUUAGCACCUCGUCGCUCCUGGGACCGACUCAGUGGCACCCCCCCCUCUGGGCGCCUCAACGUGUGCGCUAGCACAGACACUCGUCACAAAUCUCCGGUACACGAGUUCCUGAGCAGAACGCGACGCGAUCUUGGUGCACCUGCGUUUCCGGCAGAUAGCAUCAGGCCACAGGGCUGGGACGAGGCUUCACUGUCCUUAACACAACUGUAUUGUGCACAAAGCCAGAAACGCUGGUGCCCAUGAGGUUCCUCUGAAGUACGCGUCGCGCUUCCUCUUAAAUGCGCUGUGGUCACGUGUUUUAGGGGUAUACAAACUGGCAGGUACAAACUUUACAACUUUAUUCACGCCACGCUCAUUACACUUAAGGCAGGCACACAUGGUCUAAAUAACUUGUACUCCUAGAAACAACACUCGCACAAUGCCUUCAUAGAGCUUGUGGUUGUACCUGCUCAUAAGCGCUGCUGAGUGUAAAGCGCGAAAUUUCUUUACAUGUCUUCAGUCAUUCCUCGUCAUUCUUUGAGAGUGCGAAAACAUUUGCGGCCUUAGCACACAUUGAGAAGCAAAUCUUUUUUUAUUAUUAUUAUUUUGUUGUCAUCGAAAGUAGCGACCUUACGGAUUCAUCCUAGUCCCGUGCCAAUCGAACAUCUGGUUCUGCGGAACACUGCAAGAGUGCAUAUGUCAUGUCCCCGGAUUCACGGAAGGAUGAGUUGUUUGUCUUUGCACGAUACUACUUAGUCGCCACGUUACACCCGUUCGUGUCGUUAACGUUCUAUAUUUUCUUUUAUCUGUGUAAUAUCAUGUAGUGCGUCAUCUUGGCUGGCAGUACAACAGUAUUGUCACUCAGCACGUACAUCAAAGCCUAUUCGCCAAGAUUUGCUAGCAGUUGGACAGGCGUCGAAACAAGUGCCACCUAAGCUUAUUCACUAUUCUACAAUGUGCUCAGUCGAAUUCUUACCAUAUAUUCAUGCAUCAGUUUCAUCGUCAGAAAACAUUUCAAAGAAGGGUCAGCAGAUAUUAAUUAAUAAAAAAUCAUAAUAUACGAGAGAAAGGCGUUGAAUUAAAAGGAGACAUCCGUGAAGCAUGAAUAUUCCUAGCACAUAUUCGAUUGAGUGACGUUAUUUUGCUCCCUGCCUUUGUUUAGCUGCAUGUGUUUUCACCUUUCAUCACACAUUUCAUUUUGUUCGUGUUCCAUCAUUUUUAUUUAUAAUGCGCGCUAAUACGAAACUACUUUCUAUACAUGGCGUUCAAUCAGAAACAAAAUCUCUAGGUCUCUUUUGCUGGCUCAUCUUUAUUGUCGAAAACAUUCUACGUGUCACAGCAGUUAAGGUAAAGUCAGAAAGAGAAGUUCGUGAACAAUGUCUUGACGAGGUCUGUACAGGAGGGAACGCAUUUAUGAGCGCGAAAUGAAGACAAAAGAGAAGGAAAGGAAAAGUUGAAAUAAAAUGUAUGUUUUGUCCGUG